AUGCCGGAGCUCGCCCAAGUGCCUUCAGGCUCUUUCGGACACAGCCGACGGCCUCCGAGAAGCCACAUGCGGUCUGGCAAUUGGUCGCAAACGCCUACAUUGCCACUGCCGGUCGAAACCCCCAUGGAAGGGAAUGCAGAACUUGCUGUAUAUAAUGCCAAUGGACACGACCACCACCAUCAUCAUGAGUCGGAGCAUGCCAAUGGGCAUAGCCAUAAAUCAGACACACUCUCGGGGCUCAACCAUACCCAUGCCCAUCUCCAUCCUCACGGCCAUGGCCAUGGCCAUUCGCACUCGCACUCGCACUCGCACUCGCAUUCGCAUUCGCAUUCGCAUUCGCAUUCAAUAGCAGGUAGCUCAUCUGCUAUGUAUAUACAAGGCUCAGACGCUGCGCCAAUGGCAGGUGUAAAAGCUUCGGAUGCCUAUGCCACUCCGUUUCAGACGUCCGAAAAUGCACCAUUAAGUUAUGAGAUUGCAACUGGGAUAUUGACGGCAAUUCCAUGGUCAGUGCUGUCAUGGUACAUGAGACAGUACACUGCUCCCACAUCGCACAAAGUCUGGCGAAUGCUGAAGGUAGCAGCUGCCAAGCAGAAGGUUAUGAAUACAUAUUCCCCAGAGACCACAGUAGAUGCUGUAUGGUGGCGCGCUCUAGUGUUGACCUCUGCCACGUUGUUUUCAAUCGGUGGCCUAGCAUUAUUUCGCCGUCAACGCGCCAAUCAAAGCCUCCCGAACAUGUCAGGCUUACAGCUCAACGUGAACUCCGCAAGAAAAGGCCUCCUGCGUGUUUUGUCUUUAGCCCUACCUAUAUAUGCAGGCAUGGUCAUCGGUGGUACAAUAGUUGCUCUCGCAUUGAGUUUGAGCUAUGCAGCAGGCGUUCCAUCCGUUUUUCAACACCAGGGUCAAGGCGGCAAGCUGCCUGAAAAGCUUGGUAACAAGAAGGCUGCUUUAUUUGUAUUAUCUUUAUUUCUGGUCUUGCAUGUCCUUGGCUAUGAUUUCCCCAUUGAUACCCAGCCAUUUCGCGGAUAUAUCGCACUAAUGAUCUCGAUUUUUGUCCUUCGUCCCCCUGUCGCAACACCAAGAGACUCCAUCCCCGCAGUACAGAAACCAGAUAUCGAUUCAGUCCCACGGCUAUGGGGUGGGUUUGUAGCCCUCACCAGUCAGCAAGCGUCUGCCCUUUUAAGCAGCCCUCUAGUCGCAUCUUCGGAGGAUAUCCAGCUCACUCUCGCUGCUGGAGGCCUUCUUAGUUUGCUUUGUAUUCUAGUGUCGCCGUUCAAUAUGGCAAAGACAUCGUUUGGAAUAUCUGACCUCAUUACUGCCGCACUUGUCGCCAUUAUCUUUGCAUUCUCCUUCGCAUUAUCAUCACCUCACGGGCUACGGUCGCGUCGGAAAGUUGGCUUUAUUGCAACAGCACUCGUUGUUGUCUUCACAAGUGCCGCGCCUCAUGAAGAAACCAGCCAUAUGGCACAUUUGUCUUGGUCAAUCUUGGCGACUUUUUGCUAUUUUGCUGCAUUUUUCGACAACCCCAAGCCAGGCGAGCUUACACCUGCCAAGACCGAAAUGUCAUCUGUAACGAAAUUCCUGCUUCGGCAUGGGGAGUCAUGGCCAAUUCUACACAGCAUUUUGUCAAAGGAAGACUCGCGCAAGAUCUUCUACUUCAUGUGCCUGAACUUCGGAUUCAUGCUCAUACAAUUGACCUACGGAUUCGUUACCGGAUCUCUUGGGCUUCUUAGUGACAGUAUCCACAUGUUCUUUGAUUGUCUCGCUCUUGUCGUCGGGUUAUCCGCUUCUGUCAUGAGCAGAUGGCCUCCUAGUGUGCGUUUCCCAUACGGCUACGGCAAGGUCGACACCCUAUCAGGCUUUGCCAAUGGGGUCUUUCUCAUGAUCAUCAGCGUGGAAAUCAUAUAUGAGGCAAUUGAAAGACUCAGCUCUGGUAGUGAAAUGAGACGUAUUGAGGAACUCCUUGUCGUCAGCAUUGCUGGCCUCGCCGUUAAUCUCGUUGGUAUUAUGGCUUUCGACCACGGGCAUGCUCACUCGCACGGUGGUCACGGCCAUGGCCAUGGCCACUCACAUGGCAAUGAGAACAUGCACGGUAUCUUCCUACACAUCAUGGCCGAUACUCUGGGGUCCGUGGCGGUUGUCAUUUCAACGAUUCUCGUGCACUUUUACGGCUGGUCAGGAUUUGAUCCUCUCGCAUCUUGUCUCAUCGCGAUUCUGAUCUUUGCGUCUGCCGUUCCGCUUGUAUCAAGCACUGCCUCAUCACUGCUUCUCGCAUUGCCAGCAGACGUGGAAUACAACCUGAGAGAUACUCUCGCUGGAUUUUGGUUGGACGACACUGCCAGCGCAGCUCCGGCUGGACACGACCAUGGGCACGAACAUGGACAUAGCCAUAGCCAUAGCCAUACUCACGGUCAGCAUAACCACGACCAUGACCACAGCCACGAUCAUAAACAUGAUCAUGAACAUGAUCAUGAGCAUACUCAUUCUUCGCGCAACGCUGAUCUCGAAGACGUGCGGAAACGAACAGUCGAGUUCUUAAAGGAGAAAAACAUGGAUAUCGUUGUCCAAGUAGAGCGGGAGGGAGAAGGAAAGUGCUGGUGCGCCGGUAAUGGAAGUACCAUUGGAAAUUGGUCCCCUUAUAUGAAAUAA